UUAAAGGCCACACGUGGAGCGGCCCGGGUCACGCUGCAGCCACGGCAAUGAUGCAAGUGUGGUGGCUGGCGGCGCCCCUCCGUGCUUCCCUGGCCCUGGCCCCGGCACUGCUACACCAUGGCACCUGCUGGCACUCUACUCCUCGUGCCCUCAGCACGUGUGGGCUCCUGCUGGGCAAGGCGAGACGAGCUGCAGCACGCAAAACUCCACAACAGUCUGGCCACCUGCAGCAGCUGGUCCAGGCUGACACACACUACGUGGAGAAGCAGAAGAAAGAAAUCCUUCGAAUAUUCCCACAAGUGAAGGCAACUUUGAAGAAUAUGUUCUAUAACUUGUCCACAAACCUUAAUGAAAACUACAGAUGCGAGGAGAAGACAUCAGCAAUGGGGAGAAUCAGUCACCAGCUUGUGUUCCAAUGUACAUUCACCAUCACCUGGCCCAGACACCUCACCUUCACUGGCUAUGGGUUCAACAAGAAAAGUGCUGAGACAAGCGCUGCAUUAAAAGCUGCCGAGAUGCUGUACCGAGAGAACUACCUGACGGAGAACGGCUACCCAGUGACAGUAUCCAUGGAGGAGCGACACCAGCGCCUGCAGGAGUGGAACCUUCCCCCGACCAUCACCAUCCCUAGCCACACACUGCAGGAGGGACGCACUCUGCUCCAGCACUAUCAACAGGAGGUGCAGCCGUUGAUGGAGCAGGUGCGUGCUGCUGUGUCACCACCGCUGCCUGGCGUGGUGCUGGAUGAGGGGGACGAGGAGGGGCCACUUGGCAUGCUGGAGGAUGAAGACAUAGGAGAGGGAGGCACAGAGUUUGAGAAGAACCCCCACAACCUGCUGACAGGCCACAGACUCAGCAGGCAGCAGGAGGAUGCAGAAUACCGCAGCAGGUUCUUAUAUUCCCUCCUGCAGAAGAGAUGCCCCCGCCCAGCUGCCCAAUCAGAGGAACACCCACACCUCCCCAUGCUGCGCUACAGGGACGACGUGCUCACCGCCCUGCAGGAAAAACAGGUGCUGGUGAUCUCAGGUGACACUGGCUGUGGCAAGAGUACGCAGGUGCCACAGAUGAUCCUGGACCAGUGGGUGCAGGAGGGCCGAGGGGCAGACUGCAACAUUCUCGUCACGCAGCCCAGGAGGAUCUCAGCCAUCUCCCUAGCCAAGCGUGUGGCUGGGGAGCGUGGCGAGGCGAUUGGUGAGAGUGUUGGGUACCACGUGCGUCUUGAGUUCCGUCCGGUACGUGGGAGUGGUGGCGUGAUGUUCUGCACCACGGGGAUGCUGCUGCAGGGCCUCCACACCAACCCCCAGCUGGCCGGCGUGUCGCAUGUCAUUGUGGACGAGGUGCACGAGAGAUCCGUACAAACUGACAUCCUGCUUAUCCUCCUGCGGCGCCUCCUUCAGCAGCACCCCAGCUUGAGAGUGGUGCUCAUGAGUGCCUCCCUCAGCACACACCAGCUCCUACAGUACUUCAAGGCGGAUGAGGCAGCGCUUAUCACAGUCCCUGGCACUCUGUAUCCACUCACGCGGCACUAUCUCCCCUCGGCACUUCAGGUCCUUGGCAUAAAACCACAGCACCACAGCCUGGCUGCCCUCAGUGAGCCAGACAGCUAUCCAUCAGUAAAUGUGGAUCUGGUGGUGGAUGUUCUGCGUGCCAUUGACAAGUCGCGGCCGCCCGGUGCUGUCCUGUGCUUCCUCCCAGGCUGGCAGGACAUCUCACUGGUGCUGAAUAGGCUGUUGAAGGACGCUAGGCUGCAGGAGAGGCUGUGUGUCUUGCCCCUGCACUCCCGCCUCCCCACGCAUGACCAGGAGGCGAUCUUUGAGCCACCCCCUGCAGGACAGAGGAAGGUGGUGCUUGCUACCAACCUGGCAGAGACAAGCUUGACUGUGGCAGAUGUGGUGUAUGUGGUGGACACUGGAUUUCAUAAGGAGCACAGGUACAACAGCAGAACAGACCUCAACGUACUAGGAAACCACUGGAUCUCCCGCGCCAACAGCCAGCAGAGGGCGGGGCGGGCAGGCAGGGUGCAGCCGGGGGAGGUGUUCCAUCUCUACUCUGCCGAGGUGCACCAAGCCAUGAGUGACUUCCCUGUGCCCGAGAUUAUGAGGAUUCCACUUGAGCAUGUUAUUCUUCAGUGCAAGGCACACUGUGGCGAGGAAAGCAUUCGCAGUUUUUUGGCCGAGGGAAUGAGUGUGCCAUCGCGUCGCCUGGUCACCACCGCCAUUGCCACUCUGGAGAGGCUGGGCAUGCUGGUUCAAGAUGACGACAGCGACACAGAGCACCUCACAGCACUGGGCAGGAGGGUUACCCAUUUUUCAACACCACCACACUUCUCUAAGGCCCUGGUGUUGGCAUCUGUGUUUAGGUGUGUUGACCCAGUCCUGUCCAUCUCGGCAGUGUUAACCGGAGGUCGUGGCAUUUUCCUGAGCAGCAUUGACCUUCGCACCAAGACAAGAGAGGUUAAGGUGGAGGCUGACCCGACCAGCGACCUCUUGGCAACGUACAACCUGCAGAAGGAGUGGCGUUUGUAUGAUAAUUAUGCUGAUAAACUUGACUUCUGCAAUGACAAGAAUCUCAGUUAUAGAUAUGUCAAGUUUAGUGAGGGCAUCAAACAUCUGUAUGGAAGCCACCUACGCGAGGCAAGACUUCUUAACUUUGAGGAUGUGCACUCCGAGUUCUCUUCCUGGAAUGCAAACAGAGAGAACGGGCAGUUAGUGCUAGGUGUGCUGGCGGCCGGCGUGGCGAGGCUCCUGCACUACCAGAGGGGGUCCUACACCAAGGGUAUCCUCAAUGCAGACUCCAUCGCUAUCAAAUCUGAGAAAGGUGAACACAUUGACACCACCAGUGACUGUGUGCUCCACCAGCCCCCCCAGCACCCCUCAGCACUGCCUCCCCACCUGCUGUGUCUCCACCUCAGCAGGGACGGGGUCAGCAGGAGGACCGUUGCGCGUGACCUAUCCUUGCUGCAGCCCCUCACAGUGGCCCUCUUCACUGGGCGCCAGCUGGUGGGUCACAGGUCACCGCACGGGUCACUCUGUGUCAGCGUGGAUGGCCUGGAGAAGAGGUCAUUUCAGGUGGAUGAGAGGACAGGGCAGUUUCUCCUGGAGCUGCGAGAGGCAAUGGAUGAGGUGAUAGAGUACCUCGUUGAGACGCGUGGCAUGCAUGCAACACCCCCUCUGGCUGACACCUUCUGUGAUGACCUAGUGAUGUUUGUUAGCAAGCUGGUGGGGUCACAGGGCCAAGAGCAGAGGGUAAGGAGGUUAAGAGGAGAGGAGGAGGGUUUUUAAAUGUUUGUUGUGUAGUAGGUGGGAUUGUAGUAGAAGUUAGAGCAAUGAUGUUUGUAUACUUAUAAAAAUUUGGGAGUAAGACAUGGAUACCUAAAGAAAUAUUGCAGUUGGAUGAGAGAUAUUGAAACCAGUCCACUUGUUUGUAUAGUAAGUGGGAAUUGUAGUGGAAGUUAAGAUCAGUUAUGCUUGUGUACAUAGGGAAAUUUGGGAAUGCUAAGGGAUGCAUGAUGAAAGGAAAUUGUAAUAUUGAAACUAGUCCUAUGUGUUAUAACUGGGAAUUAUAUUGGAAGACAAGAUAAGACUAGUAAUCCUGUAUCCAUGUAAAUAUUUGGAAUAAUGGAUGGAUAAUUAGAGUUAUACAGAAAGACAAGGGGCAACAUAGGAGUAAAAUUCAAUACAACACAAGAAUAGAGAUUAGAAUCAUAAAAUUGGAACGUUUUAUUGAUGUUGAGAUUUAAGAAGAAAGGAUAGAUUAUUAAAUGUCAAAGAAAUACUGCAAUAGAAACGAGUGAAAUAUAAGUGCAAAUCUCAAUAUAGUACAGCAGUAGAGAUAAAUCAGAAAGUUUUUGAUAUUGAAAUUGAAGACGAAAGGAUAGAGACCUAAAUAUACAGAGAAAAGGAGAACUAUGAGUAAAUAUUAGCUCAGUACAGCAGUAGAGAUGAAAAUAAUCCAAUGAACAAGCGUUUAAUAUUAAAAUCUGGGAGGAAGAGAUAGAGAAAAUGAUUGGGUUAUGCUAGUCACCAUACCAUGAGUCUAUGUUCUGUUCCUGGUGAGAGAAAUUAUCUAUCCAUGUACCAGCCUUGUAAUCCCUCACUGCAGAUAGAUAGAUUAAUAGAUAGAUAGAUAAAUUUCUCCAUAUGAACAGGAUACAAUUGUUACAGGAUGAAACAACUGGAUGGAGAUAAGUAAAUGUCAUUGUCACAGGAAAUGAAAGCUUAGUGAGAGAAAUGGUUGAUUUUAAUACACAAAAUUUGUUCACAUGAGGAACUGUUACUGUGAUACAAGUUAAUUAAUUUAUGUUGUUUAGUUUGAUGAUUUUUAUGUUUAUACAGCACAUAAUUCCAUUGUUUAAUUAUGAUGUAUGUGUGUUUGUUUGUCAAGCUGUAUUCUCUGUCUCCUACAUAAAACAGUACCUUUGAUUUUGUUACAGGAAAGUAAUACAUAUUUUAGUGCUUCGCUGUGCUGAUAAAUGACUUUGUAAAUAUGUGUAAAUAAUUGUAUACAUCCAAGAAUAUGAAGUUUUUAAUAAUGAACAUUUAAUCUGACAA